AUGACAUAUCAAAAUAAAUCAUGUGUCCCAUCAUUGAGAUCAUUCCUCUUCAUAAUCACAGUGAUAUUUGCUUUUUUUAUUACUCAUUAUAUUAUACCUGUUCGUGUUCCUGGUUCAAUGAUACAUCCAAUAAAAUAUAAAAUUAUUACAGGUACUUUUGCUUUCGUCCUUGAUUUUAGUCAAAUUUUUGAAUCAAUCAUUGGUAUUCCAUAUUAUAAGACACUUAAUACUAUUGUUGAUUCGUUUGAUCAAAUCAAAAUACGUUCUUUCGAUCAUGGUCAAGUAUUGUACCAUGAUCAAUAUAUAGAAGAUGUUCUUGUUCGUAUCUAUACACCAAGCAAUAUGUCAAAAACAUUCUUAUCUCCAGUGAUUAUAUUUUUUCAUGGUGGUGGAUUCUUUUUUGGCAGUAUUUAUUCUCAUGAUACUAUGACUUAUCAUAUGUCAAUGUAUAGUGGUGCAAAAGUUAUUUCAGUCAAUUAUCGAUUAACACCAAAUGUACAUUAUCCAAUACCAAUUGAAGAUAGCGUUAAAGUAGUACGAUAUGUAAUGGAUAAUUAUCAAGAAUUUUCUAUCGAUCCUAAACAAGUUUUUCUCUGUGGUGAUUCAGCGGGAGGUAAUAUAGCUGUUGUAGUGGAACGACAAAUACGUCAUGAACAAAAAUCAAUUAUUCGUGGUGUUAUUCUUCUUUAUCCAUUACUUCAACUUGUUAAUUUUCGUUUACCAUCUUAUUUAACUAAUUCACCUUAUAAUAUUCUAUCAAUUCUUCGUGAAGAUAUUCUUACUCAAGUAACGAAUUUCUAUGUGAAUACAUCGUUUGCUAAAAAUGAACUUUUCCAAAAUCAACAUUUAUCAUCUGAUGAUUAUAAUUAUUUUUAUUCAAAAGUUAAUUUACCAAUUGCAAAUAAAGAUCACUUAGUUGAAAAAUCUCACCCAGAUACUUGGAAAUUAUUUAAUGAAAAUAUUUCACCAUUAUUAGCAGAUGAUAAAAUUUUACAUAAUAGUCCAUCAACAUUCAUCGGUGCUUGUACAUAUGAUGUUCUUUUAUCUGAUUCUCAAUUAUAUUUUGAACGUUUACAAAAACUUAAUGUAAAAGACAUCGUUUAUAGAGAGUAUCGUAUAUUUCAUGGUGCAAUGACAUUUGUUGAUUUUCCAGUGGCUUUUAAUGAAGCUUUUGAUAUUAUUCAUGAUUGUGCUCAUUAUCGUCUCGCACCAGAAUAUCCAUUUCCAACUGGUCUGGAAGAUUGCUAUACUGUGGCAAAAUAUCUUCUUGAAUAUCAAGAUUCAAAAAAGUUACAUAUCGAUCCAACACAGAUUACGUUAGCUGAUGAUUCGGCAGGUGGUAGUCUUGCUGCUAUAAUUACCAUGCAUUUUACUACUCAAUCAGUUGAAUAUUUUAAAUUUUUAUAUUAUACUUCUUAUCAUAAACUAUCGGUUUAUUUAAAUGAAACUAUUAAUAAAUCACAAUAUAAUAAUAAUCAUACGAGUGUUGAACAAAAAAGACAAUAUCAACCGAUUACAGAUGAUCAUGAAGGCGAUCCAAGUCUUAUUGAAAAAGCUAAAAAAGCUCUCAAUCCAGAAGUUUCUCCAUUGCUUGUACAUGAUGAACAACUAGAUAAAUUACCGUCGACACAUAUAUUAAGUGUUGGUCAUGAUCGUUUACGUGAUGAAGCAUUUAUAUAUGAAGGUCGUCUUAAACGAGCUGGUGUUCAAGUUGUUCAUCAUCAUUAUGAAAAUACAUUUCAUGGUUCAAUAACUUUUUUGUAUGGAUCAUUGGCAUUAGAUAUCGCACGUGAAAUGGUCCAAGAUAUUGUUGAAUAUAUUAAAGAAAAUUUAUAA